GUUGCUCCGGCGGAAAACGCGCCCUUACCGCCCGGCCGGGCAGGUGCGGAGCGACGCGGCGCUGCCGGAGAUGAUCAAUGCCUCUUUCUGCAUGACUAUGGUAUUCAAGAGGUCUGGACUGGGUCAGGAAGCUCUGUGCUGAGGUACCCCUGGAGAGCUACAGGUCCACUUGCAGCUGUUAAGCAUAGGUGUCUCCUGAAUUCUCACUAUGUCUGAUGGGGACUAUGAUUACCUCAUAAAAUUCCUAGCACUUGGUGACUCUGGAGUAGGAAAGACCAGCCUUCUUUACCAGUAUACAGAUGGCAAAUUUAAUUCCAAGUUUAUCACAACUGUGGGCAUCGACUUCCGGGAAAAGAGAGUGGUGUACAGACCCAAUGGGCCAGAUGGCGUUGGUGGCAGAGGACAGAGGAUACAUCUUCAGCUCUGGGAUACUGCAGGGCAGGAAAGGUUUCGUAGCUUAACAACUGCUUUCUUCAGAGAUGCCAUGGGGUUUCUUCUACUCUUUGAUCUGACAAAUGAGCAAAGCUUCCUUAAUGUCAGGAACUGGAUAAGUCAGCUACAAAUGCAUGCGUAUUGUGAAAACCCUGACAUUGUAUUAUGUGGAAACAAAAGUGAUCUGGAGGACCAACGAAUGGUGAAAGAAGAAGAGGCUAAGGAACUUGCAGAAAAAUAUGGGAUACCGUAUUUUGAAACCAGUGCAGCUAAUGGGAAUAAUGUAAGCAAAGCCAUCGAUACACUGCUUGACCUCAUCAUGAAGCGCAUGGAGCGAUGUGUCGAUAAAUCCUGGAUCCCAGAAGGGGUGGUGCGCUCCAAUGGGCACAGUUCUACAGAACAACUGAGUGAGGAGCAAGAAAAAGGCAAAUGUGGCUGCUUGACUCAGCUACAAUUAAAUUUAAUGUACAUGCUAAAUUAUAGUACAGUUGCAGCUUAACUGUUUAACUUAUAGACAAAUCACAUCUCAUAGUUAUGUAAUGAGCAUUAUUAACUCUUGAUAAUAAUCUUUGUGCUUUCCUCUCAAAAAACAAUGACUUUUGCUUGCAAGGUAUGCAGUUUAUUAGUGAUGGGACGAGUUCACCAGUUCGAUGUAGUGCUGCGUAUUCCCUAAAUUCUGUACUUUGGAAGGAAGGAGGGGACUUUUAAUUAACAAGUGUAAAAGCAUCUUUAUGGGCAGUAAGAAAAGGUAGGUUUCUGAAAUAAGGAUUUUUAUUUGCUCUUUGCAGGCUCCAUGAACUCCAAAGACUAAGCAUUUAGACUAGAUAUUGUGACUACUCUUAGUGUCUACAAACUAGCAAGCUUACCAACAUGGUUCUUGAGUCUCUUUUGACAGAAAC